AGACUUUGCAGCGCUACAGCAGCGCGGUCUGUGAUUACCUGCGCCAGAACUCGGCCGAGACGAGUAAUUUGUCGUAUAGAGGCGCUACAAAGCGAAAGAACACGCGGUCGCAGCGCUUGAGGGCUCAAAGAGCACGCCACUGCAACCGAGUGCUGCACAAGCGCUCGCAGAAUCGACGAGUGCAGACUCACAGGACAAGCCUGCAAUAUAAGCGCUCGCGCAUCGAUCGACGAGUGCAAAGUCAGACACCAUGCGCCUCGCCCUCCUCACCGCGACGGCAAUCACAGCACUCACCCCGAAAGGCGCCCGAUUGGCGGGAGUCAAGUCCCGAGGAGGACAACGAAGCAAGCAGCGCCAGCGACCCAGAGCGCCGCCACCACCACCACCACCGCAAGACCCUACGCCAAAAGUAAUAGGCGUUUUAGAUUUUGAGUGCACCUGCGAAGAGAACACGUGGUCCUAUUUGCACGAGGUCAUCGAGUUUCCGGUCGUAUUGGUGGACACUUCUACGAAACAGAUCGUCGAUACCUUCCAUCGCUAUGUAAGACCAACAGAAAACGCAACCCUCACGGACUUCUGCAAGGGUCUGACGGGCAUCGACCAAGCUUUAGUUGAUGAUGCGGAACCCAUCGAUACCGUAUUACAUGAGUUAGAUGCGUGGCUGCGCUCCAAAGAUUUGGUGGAGGGCGGGGGCGCGACGCACGACUUUACAAAAUUUGCGUUCGCGACCGAUGGCUGGGACCUCGACCAUUUUUUGGACGUGGAAUGUAGAAGGAAGGGUUUGUACAAGCCCGGGGCCUACUUGGACCGGUGGGUGGACCUCGAGAAAGUCUUCAAGGCGAAACGUGCGAAUGCCGAUGAUAGGAACGGCCGGAAGAAGCCUCGGUCUUCGAGACGGGCGAAUUUGCUGGCGAUGCUGCGCCACCACAAGCUCCAGUUCGAAGGUAGAUUGCACUGCGGCGCCGACGACGCGCGGAAUUUGGCGCGCGUGGCGCUGGCAUUGCUCGAGGCCGACGAGGACCCGCUCCGCGUGAACGACGCGCUCGCGGGCGUCGACGUCGCUGAUCACGACGACGAAGCGCCGUCAUAAUGUGGAAG